CCAGUUCAAAGCCUGACUGCAAGUAAGAGGUUCUGAAAACUUCUCCCCAAAGAAACAGAACAAAGUUCCCUGAUGCCAUGGGCACUGUGGUCACACCGAUGGUAGCCCAAAUCCCAACCUUCCUGCCACUGUUACAGGGAGCUGCAGCAGGGGACAAGGACAUCUGUGCCAUGUCAGCCCCCAGCCCACCCAACACCAACACUCCGUCUUUCCUCCUGACAGGCAUCCCCGACCUGGAAGCUUUCCACAGGUGGAUUUCCAUCCCAUUCUGCAUCAGCUACAUCAUGGCCGUGCUGGGAAACCUCCUGGUGCUCCUGGCCGUGCUGCUGGCCAGAAGCCUGCACGAGCCCAUGUUCUGUUUCAUUGCCAUGCUGGCCAUCAUUGACCUCAUCCUCUCCACUGCCGUCGCUCCCAAGAUGCUGGGCCUGUUCUGGUUGGAUUUGAGGGAGAUUGGCCUCAAGGCCUGCUUCAUCUGGAUGUUCUUCACCCACACAUUCACCUCAGUGGACUCAGGGCUGCUCCUGGCCACGUCCUUGGGCCGCUACGUGGCCAUCUGCCACCCGCUGUGGUCCGACUCCAUCCUGAGCUGCCCGAGGGCCGUGGGGGCAGGAUUGGUGUCCCUGGCCAGGGGAGCUGGCAUCACAAUGCCCCUGGUGUGCCCCCUCAGCAGGUCACUGCUGCUGGGAGCACACGGCCGUGCUGGGGCUGGCCUGCACCGACGCUACAGCCACCGCUACAGCCCCAGCAGGGCCGCGCCGCUCGAGGGGAGCGACUGUGCCCUCAUCACCUCCUCCCACGGCGGGAUCCUCUGCGCUGUGCUGAGGCUGCCGGCCCACAGCGCUCAGGCCCUCGGCACCUGCCGCUCCCACGUUCUCGUCAUCCUGGUUUACCGAGGCGGGCUCCUCUCCGUGUACCUGCAGGUGUUCACACCCAGCCUGGCACCUCACGGAGUGCUGGGGGACAAUUCCCGUCUGAGGGUCCCUCCCAUGCUCAACCCCCUCGUUUAUGGCAUAAAGGUGAAGCAGAGCCAGGAAGGAAUCUGCAAACUGCUGGGGCAGGAGCCAGGAGCUCACAAGCUGCUGAAGGUGGCUCAGAUUCAGAGAGACAGAAGAUUUCUCCCAUCCCAGAACAGGUGUGAAGCUGAGCGCAGUGAGCUGUCCCCCGGCUCUCUCUCCAGAAAGGGAACCUGGACCUGACACGGCAACAGCCGAAUCACAGGGAACCAACGGGCCAGCACGGGUGGGUCUGGGCAACUGCUCCUUUGGCCAGUGCACUGCUCCCUUCCAAGAUACCACCUGGAAAUCAUGGAAUUCCAGCUGUGCCUCGGGAUGAUUCCAGCUGUGCCCCAGGACAGUUCCAGCUGUGCCUCAGGACAGUUCCAGCUGUGCCUCAGGAUGAUUCCAGCUGUGCCUCGGGAUGA